AUGAUCAUGUCUCCUGCUGUAACGAACACCACCAGUGAGCCCAACUUGGACAUCUCCUUCCAAGACUACCUCAUCCUAUCGAAGCUUGUUUUCGACUGGGCAGACAGCUAUGAUGCAAAGGACUGGGACCGUCUGCGCAGCAUCAUCGCCCCAACCCUGAAGGUCGACUACACCAAGAUCGGACUGAAAAAAUGGGAUAACAUGGCCGCUGACGACUACAUGGCUAUGAUCACCCACCCCGGCUUCCUCGGUGACAAGACUAUCAAAACCCAACAUCUACUUGGCCAGACAUGGUGGGAGAAGAUAUCUGACACUGAGGUUAUUGGUCACCACCAGCUGCGUGCCGCGCACCAGGUCUAUGAGACUGAGGCCUUGGAGACGGUCAAGCUGCGUGGUCACUCUCACGCUACGAAUGAGCAUUACUACCGCAAGGUCAAUGGUAUCUGGAAGUUUGCUGGUUUGAAGCCAAAUGUGCGCUGGAAUGAGUUGCGCUUUGAUGAGGUUUUCAAGGGUAUUGACUAG